GGUUUCCAUAUAAGUGAUGAGAAUGUAGAGCGGGGUAACUGGUCCUCGAAGACUGACUACUUGCUCUCGAUGAUCGGAUACGCUGUGGGUCUGGGCAAUGUCUGGAGGUUCCCUUACCUGGCUUACAGAAAUGGAGGAGGUGCCUUCAUUAUUCCCUACGUCAUCAUGUUGGUAUUUGCUGGGAUACCCCUGUUUUUCCUGGAAUGCUCAUUUGGGCAGUUUGCCAGUCUUGGGCCUAUUGGAAUAUGGAAAGCUGUGCCAAUCCUACAAGGUGUGGGCAUCACCAUGGUCCUUGUGUCAACAUUGGUGGCUAUUUACUACAAUUGCAUCCUUGCCUACAGUCUGUACUACCUGUUUGCUUCCUUCCAAUCGCCCCUGCCAUGGGCAGACUGCUUCAGUUGGUGGGGAGCAGAUGAAACAUGCAGCAGGACUGGAAAAGAUCCACUCUGCAAUCUCACUCAGGAUGGUGGAUAUUUUGAAACUGUGAAUGCAAUGUGGUUGCAGGCGAACAAUAAAACUUGUCCAAUUGGGUCAGAAAUCCCUGUUCCUCACCAGAGUCCAAGUGAGCAAUACUGGGAUAAAGUGGUUUUGGACCGUGCCAGUUCAAUGGAUGAGACUGGGAAGAUAGUCUGGUAUUUAGCCCUCUGUCUACUUCUAGCCUGGGUCACAGUUGGGGCGGCACUAUUUAAAGGAAUCAAAUCUUCAGGAAAGGUGGUUUAUUUCACUGCUAUAUUCCCUUAUUUGGUUCUAACCAUACUCCUGGUCCGAGGGCUUACUCUGGAGGGAGCCAAUCAAGGAAUCGAAUUCUAUAUUGGAAGCCAGUCAGACAUCUCUAAACUGGCCAAUGCUGAGGUCUGGAAAGAUGCUGCAACACAAAUCUUUUAUUCUUUCGCAGUAGCUUUGGGAGGCUUAACAACAUUGUCAUCCUACAACGAAUUCCACAACAACUGCUACACAGAUACCAUCAUUGUCUGUGCUGUUAAUUGUGCUACGAGUGUGUAUGCUGGAUUCACCAUCUUCUCCGUCCUUGGACACAUGGCUCAUAUACAAGACAAGCCUGUCUCGGAGAUUGCACAGUCAGGUUUCGGUUUGGCUUUCAUUGCCUACCCAGAGGCCCUUACACAGUUGCCAUUUUCACCUUUAUGGUCCGUUUUAUUUUUCAUCAUGCUGUUCACUCUGGGACUCGACAGUCAAUUUACAACUGUAGAAGUAAUUAUGACAAGCUUGCACGACCAGUUCCCUGCACUUCUGCAAUCAAAACGACAUUAUCUGUCAAUAGUGACUUGUUUUCUAUUGUUUCUUUGCGGCCUCAUUUGUGUAACACAGGCUGGGAUUUACUGGGUGAACUUAAUUGAUCAUUUCUGUGCUGGCUGGGCUCUCCUGAUAAUCGGUGGUCUGGAGUUUAUUGGGAUUAGCUGGAUCUAUGGGGCAAACAGAUUCAUCAAGGACAUUGAGAUGAUGAUUGGGGAAAGGAAUUGGCUCUUCUGGCACUGGUGGAGAGUCUGCUGGUUUUUCAUUUCUCCAUGUUUGCUGGCAGUUAUCAUAGUCUGGUCCUUAACAACAUUCACCCCACCAACAUACGGAUCUGUUGAAUACCCUGUCUGGGCAAUAGCACUGGGCUGGUGUAUGAUCAUCUUCUGUAUUAUGUGGAUCCCCAUUGUGGCUGUGGUGAAAGUUGUCCAAGCUGAGGGCAACUUGUGGAAGAGAAUUACUGCAGCUUGCACAUCAACACCAGACUGGGGUCCAAGCUUGGAGGAGCACCGAGGGGAAAGACACAAAAAUCAGAUUAACCCUAAACAACAAUUUCGCGAUGUGAAACUUCCAAAUAUUCAUGAUAUAAUAUCAAAGCUCUAG